AUGUUCACCACCUUCAUUAGGCCUGGCCUUCUCAAAAACUCCUUGAAAGUCGUUCCUGUUAUUCUCGGCGCAGGUCUUGUGCUGAGGCCCGCCACAUACAUUCGCAACGAUGCUGUGGCCUUGUCGUCGCCGCAAAGUCAAUAUUCGCCACAGGGUCUAGACGCCAAAAUCCGGACUUCUCGUCUCGGCGGCAAGCUUGACUAUUCGGACUUAAGUAUCGGGUCCAUCACCGGGCUUUUUUUGGGGAUCGUCAUUGGCAAGCUCUCGACGGCCAUUGUAUUCUUAUCUCUUUCUAGUUAUUUGCUCUUGCAGUUUUUGGAGAACCGGGGCAUCAUCUCCAUUCCUUGGACUUCCGUGUUGAGCAUAGGCGGCAAGAAGUUGGACUUGAAGACCUUGUUUUUCAACAGACCCAGCUUCAAGCUCUCGUUCAUGGCCACGUUCUUGCUUGCUGCCUACAAUGCAUGA